AUCACCGAGGUCAGAGUACCCUGUUCCAGUAUCUAGAAGGUCAGGCCUGCUGCUUGCCUCCCUCCCUCAUCUGGUUCCCUGACGAGGCCAAGCCGGACGAUAAAUGCUCAAUGACAGGAGUGCUGUUACUGAUGGACUCUUACCAUCCUGUUCACUGCGUCCUCAUUUCUCUUGUUCAAGCCCACUCAUCAUCACUGCAGCUUCUCGCGUUUGUCACCAAAUCACAAAAGAAGAGCCCAGUCAUCGGAAGUGGAAAAUCUGUGACCCCAAUCGACCCACCUUCGCAUCAUGGACCACACCCACCUUCCAGUGCGUGACUCUCCAAUUUGUCGAGUUGGUCAUGAAGUUGGCCAGGAUGGUGACAAUGCAUUUGGAAAACCCCAGGUAGUGAUGCAUGCAGCCCACUAGCCCACACCAAUGAGAUAGUUCGUAAUCGUAGUCGUGAAAAACCCGGGCUGGAACCUGUUUAGACUGCUAAAGGUGUUGAUUAAGUUUUCGCACAAGCUGAAAUUAAGGUGAAAAAAGUCUACCGGCUGUGGUUGGACCACUGAGAUUUGGAGUGCAGAGGUUCAUUUCAUACCAUCGUCCGUUAGCAGCUGAUGGAGGGAGGGAAAUUGGUGGAAAAGUACAUUGGCAGCAGAAUGACAGUCCAUAUUAAUGCAGUGCUACAGGAGAAAAACGCUGCGAGUUGGUUGAGUUUAUCCUCGAGUCCGGCAUUUGAAGGGCGAGGCGGAUUGACUUUUCUUGACCGACCAAUCGUGACCAGCUGCAGGAGGAGGGAGGACUUGACUCGCCUCUCCCAUCAAUAAGCCCUUUGUUUCAUUGGUCUCAUGAGUUGGUGACCAGGAUAACAAUGAGUUUGCCGCCACUAGAUUGACGUUCGGAAAUGAAGAUGUGCUCCUUCUUGCAGCAUACUGAUCACUGAUGGCCAUUGACUCGUCUUCGCCGAGAGCUCUCUCAAAUGACUCCACUUGGCUUUUAGUUCUCUCGCCUGGUUUUGACGCCCUACUGCCCCCAGUUUGGCAAAUCACUCAUCUCAGUUCCACCCUCGAACUACUUGCUGCACUUUGCGCUAGUUCUCCCU